GAAAGAAUUGGAUACGUCGAGUGGUGACAGGAAAAUAACGAUAUGAUUCCUUAACUCUUAGCCAGGUGUGAACUAAAAUACGAUUAUGGCGGUCACAGAAGUAGAGUACAGACUGGAUAAAGACAUAUCCGAUUCCGAAAUGACGGAGUGUGAACUGGCAACAAUAGAUGGCACUGGCAAUGCUACGAAAUCCGAAAGGAAGAAUGGACCGAAAGCAGACAGACGCAGGUUUUUACUCAAGUUAAUGAUGACAUCAUUCUCCUACUACCCGCAUAGCUGUUGUGGUUUGCUGCUGGGUUCCGGGGGUCCUGCCUUCCUGGACCUCAUCCAAAUCACCAACUCUAAUGUGGAAGAGGGGUCCAUAUUUUUCACGGCACAGUAUCUGGGUAUCCUCGUCAUGGGAACCGUGGUCGGCACGCUCUAUGACCGCUUCAAGGCCGAGCCUCUUAUGUUUGCCUCCAUUUGCAUGACUGCCGGUAUCAACAUAGCGAUUCCAUAUUGUUCCUCCAGCAUGUGGCUGAUGGCCGUGGUCAAUGGACUAAAAGGAGCCACAAUGGGGAUUAUAUUCACAGGUUGCGGCGUAAUUGUUGUCCGAGUUUGGGGGAAGAAAGACGGUGGUCCCUAUAUGCAGGCUCUCCAUUUUGCCUAUUCUGUCGGAGGAGUUAUCGCCCCUUUCAUAAUGCGACCAUUUCUGGCACCACGUUAUGAGGUCGCACUGAACAAUCAGACCUACAACGAGACGUUGAAAGUGUUGCCACACGUUUCUGGUGAGCGUAAGACCGUUAACAACGUUACUAUGGUGAACUAUUUCGGAGACACACACGUUCAAAACGGCUUUCUAAUCAUUGGAUUAAUCACAUUAACUUCUGCCUUUCCUUUCCUGAUCAUGAUCCUCCGCCGAUACCACGUGACCCCGCAUUAUUAUGACCAAGAUCUGGCUGCACCAGCAGAAACAGAACAGGUAAAGGCGGAAGUGUCGUCCGGUGGCCGACGUUUGACAAUUCCUUUGCGAGCAGCGUUCUUGGUGUUCAUCGUCUUGUACUACAUCCUCAUCGUGGCGGUUGAAACGCUGUUCCAGAACUACAGUAUGACCUUUGUGGUAGAACACCUCAAAUGGACUAAGACCAAAGGAACACAGAUAUCGUCUGUGUUUUGGGGAGCAUUUUCCUUCGGUCGUUUUCAGGGUAUUUUCACGGCUAACCUUUUGACGGCAUGGAAAAUGCUAGUGGUCGAUUUUGUCUUUCUGUCCGGCGCCGUCAUUGUGCUGUUGAUCGGGGCAGAGAAAAGUGACGCGGUAGUGUGGAUUUGCCUCUCCGUCGCAGGGGUGUUCAUCGCUAGUCUGUACGCCACCGGCGUGUCCUACACGCAACAACGGAUCAUGACCAUUACCGGCAAGAUCUACGCCACUUUCAUGAUGUCAGCCACUUCCGGCGCCAUGAUCAACCCGCUUAUCCUCGGCACACUGAUCGAGAAGUUUUCUCCCAUGUGGUUUGUCUACCUAUCCGUGAUCAUUACUGCGCUGUGCGUCAUCGUAUUCGCCAUCUUGUCUGUCAUGGUGCUCAAGUGGGGUAAAAAAGCCGACCCUGAUUACGAGGGGCUGUUAGACCGAGCUGUCGGCAAGUGCAUCGCGGACUGUCGGCGAUCGUAA